AUGCAGAACCAAUUCCAUCAAGACAUUUGGAAGGCUACUCAGGGACGGUGGGACUCAAGCAUUCUCCCUAGCACUGAGAGCCUGGUCCGAGCUAGGGCUUCUCUUCCCUUGGCACUUCCGGACACAGGAUCCAGUCUCGAAUCUGUCCAGCAACACAUUGUCGAUGAUAUUGUCCCGGCAUUCAACGGAGCAAGCUUAAGUGCUAACUACUAUGGCUUCAUCACUGGCGGAACUACCCCGGCAGCGCUCUUCGCGGACAACGUUGUGUCUGCUUACGACCAGAACGUCCAGGUGCAUCUCCCAAAUCACUCGAUUGUCACCGAUGUGGAGUACAACGCACUCGGUCUCCUUCUAGACCUCUUCCAACUAGAUCGGUCUAUCUGGCAUAAUGGAACUUUCACUACCGGUGCCACGGGGAGCAACAUCCUCGGCCUAGCAUGUGGGCGCGAGUUUAUUUUGCAGAAGGCGGCGCAAAGAAAGGGCUGUCAUCUUCAGAGUGUUGGUGAAGAGGGCUUGUUCGAGGUAUUGAAUGCACUGGAAUUUUCUGGGGUUCAAGUGUUAUCCACGCUGCCACACUCGUCCCUCGUGAAGGCUGCUGGUGUGCUAGGCAUCGGUCGUUCCAACGUACACAACAUCUGCCGAGCCGACGACCCGCUCCGAUUUGAUAUUGAUAAGCUCCAAAAAGAACUUGCGAGAACAGACAAGGUCAGCAUCGUUGUAUUAUCUUGUGGAGAGGUUAAUACCGGUCGUUUUGCAACAAGUGGUGCGGAUUUGAGAGAAAUACGCCAGCUAUGCGACAAGUACGGAGCCUGGAUGCAUGCCGAUGGAGCAUUUGGAAUCUUUGCUCGUGUGCUUGGUGAUAGCCCGGAGUUUUCAACUAUUAAGCAGGGCUGCGAAGGAAUAGAUCUGGUCGACUCGAUUACCGGUGACGGCCACAAGCUUCUCAACGUUCCCUACGACUGUGGCUUUUUCUUUACUCGACACCCGAAUGUGGCAUCGCACGUAUUCCAAAAUGCGAAUGCUGCCUAUCUAGCUGCUGGAAACUCCGAGGGUCCUUCCAUCCCAUCGCCUUUAAACAUCGGAAUUGAAAAUUCUCGUCGAUUCAGAGCGUUGCCGGUCUAUGCAUCGCUGUUGUCAUAUGGCAAAUCUGGAUAUCAAGAAAUGCUGGAGCGUCAGAUAAGGCUUGCCCGGAAAAUCUACGGAUGGGUCUUCGAGCAUCCUGGGUACACGGCCUUGCCAGAAGCAUUGUCCAAAUCGGAACUGCUCGAUCGGACAUUUAUGACUGUUUUGUUUCGUGCAAAUGAUGAGGUCUUGAACCGCGAGCUAGGAAGCAAGAUCAAUGAGAGUUCGCGAAUGUUCGUCUCGGGUACCAGCUGGGAUGGAGCCCCUGCUUGCCGUAUUGCAAUCUCGAAUUGGCGAGUCGACGUGGAGCGAGACUUUGUGCUGGUAACUGACGUGUUGGCAAAGGUUGCCCAGGGCUAA